CCCCACGACUUGUUGCUAUCUUGGUGGUCAUUACCACCCGCUGAUUUCCUCCCAUUCCCUCGAUAUCUCUAGGAUCCCAAGCACCAUCGCACUAGGGAUCGUACCGGCACUUCGAUUACCCAAUCCCUUGAAGCUUGAGGAGCGCGAAGGUCCCUUGUUCUCCGUUGCUUGCGACAUCAACCGUCAUCUCCCGCCAUCAGAUCAACAAUAUGGAAGACAGCCCUGUCGUUUCCAGCGGUCCUGCCGAUGAUAUUCAGGCGGGCACCGCCGCUCAGGAUGCUCCGGGUGACGUGAUCAGUGCUUCCGCUCCAGGGACUGAUAACCCGCUAGAUGCCCCUGCUUCCCCGAAACCCCAGACUGCCGAUGGCGAACCCGAAGAUGAGGAGAUGGGCGGUACAGAGACCGAAACCAAGAAGGAAAGCGAGGGUGAUGAGAUUGCCGAAGUCGCUGCGCAAUCAGGAGCAGAGGGCACCGCGGAAGAGAAGCCUGCACAGUCUAAGGCUUCGGCCGAGAACUCUGCGCGCUCACAUCUCGUUUCACAAACCCAUGCCAUCAUUCUUCCUAGCUAUACAUCCUGGUUCGACAUGCACCUGAUCCACCCUAUUGAGAAGAAAGCUCUCGCCGAAUUCUUCAAUGGUCGAAACCGCAGCAAGACCCCCGCGGUCUACAAGGACUACCGUGAUUUCAUGAUCAACACAUACAGACUCAACCCCAUCGAAUACCUCACAGUCACUGCAUGCCGCCGGAAUCUUGCCGGAGAUGUAUGCGCAAUCAUGCGGGUUCACUCCUUCCUCGAACAAUGGGGUUUGAUCAACUAUCAAGUUGAUCCUCAGACACGCCCAUCGAACAUCGGUCCUCCUUUCACGGGUCACUUCCGAGUAGUUGCCGACACGCCGAGGGGUCUGCAACCUUUCCAGCCCGGUCCCAAUCACUUUGUAAAACCCGGCAAGCCUCUCCCCGCCACCGAGCGCGCAGCAUCGGCUGCCCCUGCAUCCAAGGCCGAUCUCAACCUCGAAAUCCGCCGUAACGUCUAUGACGAUAAGGGCAAGGAGAUUACCCCUGCCAGCGAAGACAAGGAGAAGCAGACCAACGGUGAGGGCUCGGCAGCCAACGGCACCCCUGCUGAUGCCACCAAGGCAUUGGAGAGUGCCAGCAAGGAGCCAAGGAAGAAGUUCCAUUGCUUCUCAUGCGGUAUCGACUGCACUCGUCUCAGAUUCCACUACGCCAAAUCGACGCCGGCGACCGCCAACCCCGCAUCUGAUAGCAAGUAUGACCUCUGCCCCAACUGUUUCCUACAGGGCAGGAUGCCUUCUAGUCACAAUGCCUCCGAUUUCGUCAAACUUGAAGAAAGCCCUUACACAAUCGCCCCCGAUAAAGAUGCCCCGUGGUCUGACUCGGAGCUCAUCCUGCUUCUUGAGGGUCUGGAGAACUUUGACGAUAACUGGGAACAAAUUGCCAACCAUGUCGGCUCGAGGACUAAGGAGGAGUGCGUGAUGAAAUUCCUGCAGCUCGAGAUUGAGGACAAGUACCUUGACGACACCCCCGAGGUCCGGGCGGCGGCUGGACGCGAUCCGAUCAGCCAGUCCGAGAAUCCGGUCCUUUCUGUGGUCGCAUUCUUGGCCCAGAUGGCCGAGCCUUCUGUGGCUGCUGCCGCGGCUGGUCGCUCGGUGGAGGAAAUCCGCAAGGAGCUCCGAAAGCAACUUGAGAAGGGUUCUGGAGCCGAGAAGACCCAGGAGAAGGGCAAGGAGAAGGAAAGUGCAGUGAAGGCAGAAGACUCCAUGGAGGUAGAUGCUACUCGCGAGGAACCCGCCGCUGAGACGGUCCAGAGCACCGUUGCCAACAAGGAAGGCAAAGCUUCCCUCCCUACUGUUGCUCUGGCUGCCUCUGCUGCCCGCGCUGGUGCCUUGGCGUCUCACGAAGAACGGGAAAUGACCCGCCUGGUCUCGGCUGCGGUGAACGUGACGCUGCAAAAGUUCGAGAUCAAGUUGGCACAGUUCAACGAAAUGGAGGAGAUCAUUGAGGCUGAACGCCGCGAACUCGAGCUCGCUCGCCAGCAGCUCUUCUUGGACCGAAUGGCCUUCAAGAAGAGAGUCAAGGAGGUUCAAGACACUCUUCAGUCGGUCAGUCUGAAGGGCCCCGGAGAGGAGACCAACGCCCUGCUCGCCGAUGCCGCCACGGCGGGUAUCGGGAACCGGUACAACUUCCAGCCUACGGGUGCUGAUGCUAGCCGGGGGGUGCAACCAUUGAGCGCAGAGGCCGGGGCUGACUACAAGGCCUUGGACUUGUAAUGAGAUCUUUUCAUUUCGUCAUAAACGCCAUGCAUUGUUGGACACGUCUUUUGAGUGGCGAAGAAUAUCUAAUGAUAUCUGUCCUUUUUUACUGCUGUCAUGACCUGGGCAGGAACGCUGAAAGGUGGUGUCAUCUUUCUUUUCUUUUCUUUUUUUUUUUUCAAUAAUAUCCCAUUGUAUUUUGUACAAUAUCACAGGGGAGGGGCGAGCAGAAGGCAAAGAGCCUGCCAGGGAGUUUGUUGGAGAUACUGAGGCUUGGGUAGAAGCGACGCGUGGCUUUGGUGAUCAAUGAUGGGGACUCACUAUGGUUUGAUUCUUCAAUGUUUCUUUUUUACUAGGUAGGAAAAGGCGCACAUGAUUCCUGUUUUUUUGUCUUGCUAUUGGGAGUUCCGAGCUAUCUGUGCCUGCGAGUCAAUGAAUACACUUUUUC